AUUAAUUGGAGUUAUUUAAAUGGAAAAACAGCAUUGCAGAUACAAGAGUUUUGAAUUGCGAGCAUAGUCAAAAUCAAAAUAUGACAUGUUGACAAUUGUACAAGUUGUUCCUAUAACCAGUGAGCAGUAGGGUGAAUAACCAAAGAAAUUUCAUUCGUAAACCAACAGUUGUCAUAGGUCAACCAAAGAAAACAUGUUCACAGGAAGGAAAUGAAAAAGUAAAAAGCAAAAAGUAUUUGCUUAAUUGUUGUUUCAAAGACAUUUUCUGAAGAGGAAAAUUCUUUCAUGGGUCUGCAUGUCUUUUUUAUAGUGCUUGUCCAGAUCUUUUUUCACUGAGUGAAGAAGUUGAAUUACCGGGAAUAAAGCAGCGAAGGAGAAGAUGGAAAUUAUUAGACACACUGGAAUCAGGAUUCAAACCCUGAACCUGAGAACUGGGAGGCAGACGUGCCCACCACUUGGGCGCUAUUUUGGUGGGUCCUCAUGUGUGCUGUCAAAUUGUGCUUAUGAGAAAAGCUUUUGCCACAAACUGAGCACGUGAAAGGUUUUUCUCCCGUAUGUUUUCUUAUGUGUGCUAACAGUGUUGACUUUUGAGUGAAUCUUUCUCCACACAUGGAGCACUUGAAAGGGUUUUCUCCGGUGUGUGUUCUCACAUGUGCUACCAGGCUUGCUUUUUGAGUGAAUCUUUCAUUGCAAAUUGAACAACAAAAGGGAUUUUCUCCCGUGUGUCUUCUCAUAUAUGUGAUCAUAUUUUCUUUUCGUGCGAAGAGCUCACCACAAAUUGAACAACGAAAAUGUUUUUCUCCUGUGUGCCUCUGCAUGUGUGCAUUCAAAGUCUGCUUAUAAAAAAAAACCUUCCACCACAAGUUAGGCAAUUGAAAGGUUUCUCUCCAGUGUGCAUGGUUGUGUGCGCAAUCAAAGACACUUUGCGUGCGAACGCGUCACCGCAGACAAAGCAACAAAAGGGUUUCCCCCCCAUGUGCGUUCUCAUGUGUGUCAUCAUAUUUGACUUUGAUGCAAAUCGCUCUCCACAAAACAAACAGUUGAAACGUUUUUGACGCAUGGCAGUUGUCUCUUUUUGAAAGCAUUCAAAGUCACCUGUGCAAUCUAUGUGUCACGGACGAGACCCGGGGGUGGACCCAAAUGCACGACUCAGGUGAGAGGUUGCACGUGUCCUGCAGACAUGGAGCAAUCAAUUAUCCACCAAGAAGAUGCAGUUCACCCAGAGUGGAGGAUGUCCUGUUUGGAGCUGAAGUGUCCACAGGCAUCCUCCAGAAAAGAAGAAGAGGAGGAGCAACCAGGCCGCCACCUUAAAGAAGAAGAGGAGGAGGUUGAUAUCAGCGAGUUUCCACUGACUGUAGUUGUUGUGAAAAGUGAAGAUGAUGAGGACAAAGCACCUGAAUGGUCUCAGCUUUAUUAUCACAGUCUAACUGAAGACCACAAUAGAGGCGUGCCAGCUAAUCACCUCUUAGUGCCACUUUCACAUAGCGAAGACACCAAAGUGUCUUUGAGGACCCAAGUAGGCCGUGAAGAUGACAACAAAGGAUUGAAAUAUUCCAAAAAGCAGACAACGCUUGACAAGAAAACUUAUCAAACAUUUAGAUGUCUCACACGUAAAGAACAUUUGAAAUGCUCAGUUUGUAGUAAAACAUUUGCAUAUGAGAGUACUUUGAAUGAACACAUGCAGACGCACACUGGAGAAAAACCCUUUACCUGCUCAGUUUGUGGUGAAAGUUUUGCUCGAAAAGGAAAUAUGAACGUACACAUGAGAAAACACACAGGUGAAAACCCUUUUAGUUGCACAUUGUGUGGUAAUACAUUUGCUCGCAAGGUCAAUCUGAUCGCACAUACAGCAACACACACGGGAGAAAAACCUUUCACGUGUUCAGUUUGUGGUGAAAAGUUUUCUUAUGAGUACAAUGUGAAUGCACACAUGAAAACACACACAGGGGAAAAGCCUUUUAUUUGUUCAGUUUGUGGCAAAAGGUUUCUUAAAAAGUCUGUUAUGGUUAAACACAUCAGAACACACACAGGAGAAAAACCCUUCAGUUGCUCCAUUUGUGGUGAGUGUUUUUCUCAUAAGCACAGUUUGAAUGUUCAUAUGAGAACACACACAGGAGAAAAACUUUUUAGUUGCUCAGUUUGUGGUAAAAGAUUCACUCACAAGCAAAAUAUGAUUCAACAUAUGAGAACACACACAGGAGAAAAGCCUUUCACUUGCUCAGUUUGUGGCGAAACCUUUUCUUACAAGCACGGUUUGAAAUCACACAUGCAGACACACACAGGUGAAAAACCCUUUAGUUGCUCAGUUUGUGAUAAAAGCUUUUCCAAUAAGUAUGAUUUGAACAUACACACAAGAACACACACAGGUGAAAAACCUUUUAGUUGCUUAGUGUGUUGUAAAAGAUUCACUGUGAAGCAAAACAUGAUUAGGCAUAUGAGAACACACUCAGGAGAAAAACCUUUCCUUUGCUCACAUUGUGAUAAAAGCUUUUGUAGUAAGUCUGACAUGAAUAGACAUGAGAACACGCACAAGAGAAAAACGUUUUGAUUACUCACUUGGUCUCAAAAGCCAGAGAAUAAACGUUUUCCUGUGCAAUUGCACUGAAGCCUUUAUAAGAAACCCAUUUUUCUUAUAUGUAGCCAUUUGAAUUUUUAUUAAGGUUACUGAGAGACAAAUAUAAAGCAGACGUAAUGGAGAGGAUGAUAAUAAUGCUUGAAAAAUUAUGUAAUAUAACAUUUUUCUAACCUUUUAUCCUUUUGGUGAUAAUUAUUGUGAGGUUUUCAUUUGCCACGAUGGUUAUUAUAAAGGUAUUAUCAGUUAAAACUUGUUUUCACCUUUUUUUUUCAGUAAACGAACCACAUUCUAACCGCAUUCAUCUC